CACUAUACAGUUUAAAAAGGAAAUUAUGAUUAUAUAUUGGACAAUCUUUUUGUUUUACGCCAAUUUUGGUUGUGCACUUAACAAGGAUGUAAUCCAACCAGACCCUGUGAUAGUUACACGCCUGGGACAAAAUGUAUCUCUCACUUGCUUUUGUCAAUCUAAUUUGAUGGUCAGGGUCUCUUGGUUCAAGCAAACUGUUGGACAGAAGCCUCUUCUCAUGGCAUCAUCAUAUUAUCGCACUAAAACUAGUUUUUAUUCCAAAAACUUUAACAAAGACUUUACUGAGACUAAACGUUUGAGUGUGAAGAGAGGAUUUGACAGCUCUAACCUGACCAUCUCCAAGACAGAGUCAGGGGACACAGCUACAUACUACUGUGGUGUUAUGGAAGAGGGCGAACUCAAAUUUGCAGAAGGAACUUCUUUAAUUGUCAAAGGUUCAGAGUCCAACAGCAUGUCUGUGCUCCAGCAGCCUGUGUCUGAGUCAGUUCAGCCAGGAGACUCUGUGACUCUGAACUGUACAAUACACACGGAGACCUGUGCAGGAGAACACAGUGUCUAUUGGUUCAGACAUGGCUCAGGAAAAUUCCAUCCAGGAAUAAUUUACAACAAUGGAGACAGGAGAGAUCCGUGUGAGAAUUGCCCAGAGGCUGGGUCUCCUACACAGAGCUGUGUCUACAACCUCCCCAAGAGGAACCUCAGCCUCUCUGAUGCUGGGACUUACUACUGUGCUGUGGCCUCAUGUGGGGAGAUACUGUUUGGGAAAGGGACCAAGCUGGAAAUGGACUAUGGUUGUAAGAAGGAACGUGUUCUCUUGGUGUACUGCGGCGUAGCGUUGGCUCUUUGUGUCAUCAUCAUCAUAUUCCUUGCUUGUGUUAUGUAUAAGAGUACCAAGAAAACCUUUCUGCUGUGCGGAGGAACGCAUCCUCAGCCAAGUGGUCUGACAGUCCCCAGUUCUCAUGACCAGGAUCAAGAAGAUGAUGACACACUCACGUCGGUCCAUUACGCUGCUCUGAAUAUCAUCCACAAGAAGCCAAAGACCCAGAGACAGAGGAGCACCAUGGAGAGAGACACAGAGUACUCUGGGGUGAGGUGCUAAAACAUGGACAAAAACAUAGAUUGAUCUCCUCUAAGACUUGC